GGUGCGCUGUGUCCCUCGGACACAGCGGAUCACUGAUCACGGAAAGAGCCGAAGAUGUCGGCUCGGUCAUGUGAUCAGCUGUGUCCAAUCACAGCUGAUCACAUGGCACUGAUGAUCAGUGUAGCCCGAGCAGUGCCACCUGUCAGUAUCCAUCAGUGCCUUAUGCCAGUGCUCAUCAGUGCCUCGUGCCAGUGCCCAUCAUUGCCACAUCAAUGCCACAUAUUAGUGCCUACCAGUGCACAUCAAUGCCACAUAUCAGUGCCCAUCUGAGCUGCCUUUCAGUGUCACCCAUCAGUGCACCUAUCAGUGCACAUCAGUGCCACCUGUCAGUGCCAGUCAGUGCCGCCUAUCAGUGUCAUGUAUCAGUGCUGCCUAUCAGUGCCCAUCAGUGAUACCUGUCAAUGCCCAUAAGUGCCACCUACCAGUGCCUCCUCAUCAGUG